CGCAGCCGCAGCAGAGGCCGGAGUUCUCGAAAAAACCGCUCACGGUCAAACUCAAAGUCAAGGUCUCCCGAGCAUUCACAUUCAUUUUCCCGUUCGGUGUCCCGGUCUCACUCGCCUCGGGCUCGAAGGCGAUCAAGAUAUUAACUCUUUCUGCGAAUAGCGGCAUUCAACCUGUCAUGCUCUUGAAGUUAUGUACUAAGGUUCUUAAAGAGCAAGGUGUUAAUUUCUUCUUGUAAUUUUCUGUUGUGAAUUGUAUUUUGGUGGGUGGUUUUUUGUUUUUAGAUUCUCAAUUCUUCUUCGACGCCAUGGUCGACGUCGACCGGAGGAUGACCGGUCUGAACCCGGCCCACCUUGCCGGCCUCCGCCGCCUCUCCGCCAGAGCCGCCGCCGCCGCCCCUUCUUCCAGCCCUCUUCCUCCCCGCAAUAGUCUCUUCUCCUUCACCCCGCUGGCCCAUAAAGUCAUCUUCCGCCUCCGGAGUUGCGGCGUGAAGGUGGAACCCGGCUUGUCCGAGGCCGAAUUUGCCCGGGCGGAGGCUGAAUUCGGCUUCACCUUCCCGCCGGACCUGAAAGCUGUCCUCGCCGCCGGCCUUCCUCUCUCCCCCGGCUUCCCUGACUGGCGCUCAUCCGGCUCGGCUCGGCUCCAGCUCCGCGCGUCGGUUGAUUUCCCCGUCGCCGCCGUGUCGUUCCACAUCGCCAGGAACGCUUUCUGGUCCAAGUCGUGGGGCCCACGCCCAUCUGACCCGGAAAAGGCGCUCAAAAUCGCGAGAAAUGCCCUGAAGAGAGCCCCGCUUCUGAUCCCCAUUUUCAGCCACUGCUACAUCCCCUGCCAUCCUUCCCUCGCCGGAAACCCCAUUUUCUACGUCGACGAGGACUCCCUCUCCUGUUGCGGUUUCGAUCUGUCGGACUUCUUCGAUCGCGAGUCGGCCCUGUUCUGCAUUCCGGACCCUAGAUCAACCGGUUCCUGGUCUAAUUCCUCCAGAAGGAGCUUCGCCGGCGGACGGCCGCCGCGAUGGGUGGAGUUCUGGAGCGACGCCGUCGUGGCCAAGCAGAGGCGGAAGUCCAAUUCCUCCGCGUCUUCUUCCUCCUCCCCUGAACGGUACAAUCAAUCGGGAAGACCCGAAACCCCCAAAUGGGUCGAGGCUUACAUCGAGAAAAUCGGGUCGGUUCUGAGAGGAGGCGGGUGGAAAGAAUCCGACGUCUCGGAGAUCGUACACGUGUCCGCAUCCGGAUUUUUCGACGGCGAGAUGGUCUUGCUGGACCAUCAAGCGCUCCGGGACGCGCUUCUGGUGAAAGCGGAUCGGUUCUCGGGUUCGCUCCGGAAAGCCGGGUGGAGCCCCGAAGAAGUGUCGGACGCAUUCGGGUUCGAUAUCCGGGUCGGUAGAGGGAAUCGGAGACCCGCUCCACAUUUGACCCCGGAGUUGGUUGAGAAAAUGGAGAAACUGGCUGAAUCGGUUUCCAGGUGGUCGUCGUAAAUGUCGGGAAGCUUUCUCCGGGCUGAUUUUUAACCGACUUCCGGAAGACGCGGGAGAUUCUUGCCGUGCUCGCUGCCGGUUCCCGAAACAUCCGGUGGGCUUUUUUGUCUUUUUGGAUAAAAUUAAGUUUUUAGAUCCCAUAAAAAAGGGAAAUGGAA